AUGAUUGAUAGGAUUAUUACACACCAAUGGAACAAUAGUCGUGUAUGUAGUAAAAACAACCAGCCAGGUAUAAUGACUAAGGUCUAUGAAGGUGAGAGAACUAGGACCAGGGAAAACAACUUGCUCGGUAAAUUUGAGCUCACUGGUAUUUGUCCUGCUCCCCGGGGUAUUCCUCAUAUCACAGUGUGCUUUCCAAUUGAUGUUGAUGGCAUAUUGAAUGUUUCUACUGAGGACAAGACUACUAGACAAAAGAACAAGAUCACGAUCAUUAAUGACAAAGGCAGAAUCUCCAAGGAAAAGAUUGAUAAGAUAGUUCAAGAAGCAAAAAAAUACAAAUCUGAGGACGAAGCGCACAAGAAGAAGGUCGAUGCAAAGAAUGCUUUGGAGAACUGUGCGUACAAUAUGAGGAACACCAUAAAGGAUGAGAGGAUCGCAUCCAAACUUCCUAAAGCUGACAAGAAAAAGAUUGAGGAUGCCAUUAAGCAGGUCAUCCAGUGGCUUGAUGCCAACCAGCUUGCUGAGUCUAAUGAACUUGAGGACAAGACGAAAGAGUUGGAGAACAUCUGCAAUCCGAUUAUUUCAAAUAUAUACCAAGGUAUUGGCAGUGACAUCAGUGCGAACAUAGACGAUGAUGGUCCUGCUCCUUGCAGCGGCAGUGGCACUGGUCCUAAGAUUGAAAAGGUAGACUAA